ACAUUGUAGUUGAAAAGAUGGUGAACUUGCGGCUGAAUACAUCCGUCGUCAGGUAACUGUCAAAGAGGACAGCGCGGUACGUGCAGUGUUCGUUCACGGUGUCAACGAUACUCGUCACUGAUGUCCACAUAAACGGUUGGGGCACGUUAUGGCAUUCCUUGAGUGGAGACGCUUCAAUUUCUUCGACCUCAAGAAAGAGGUCGACGAGGGAAAGAUUGCGAGCGCUCUCGGGGACGCUCAAGUCACCGCAGCUACUAGUGGAAAUGGCAGCUUGGUCUUUGGAGACAACACGGGCAAUGUGCACUUAGUUAAUAGGACCUACGAUGUUACCACCUUCCGGGCGUACGAGGUUAUCGUAACCUUAGCGCAGCAAGUUCAACAUUCCACUUUCUUGUUCACCAUUGGUGAAGACGAUGUUGGUUGUAAUCCGACGAUAAAGGUGUGGAACUUGUCUAAGCCAGAUAAACAAGGCAAUCCGUCGUGCGUUCGCAUAAGCAGAGCUAUACCCAGCAACAGAGGAGUUCCUGCAACCGCGCUGUAUGUGCAUACUAGUCUCACUUUAAUGGCUAUAGGGUUUGGAGAUGGCUCCGUUAUGCUUUACAGAGGUGAUCUGACCAGGGAAAGGAAGAACAAGAUAAAGGUGUUGAAAGGCACUGGUGUUUCUAUUACUGGUCUUGCGAUAAGAGCCAUGAGCAAACAAACUCACCUAUUUGUUGCUACAACGAACAGUGUCUUUUUGUACAAUGUUACCGUAAAAGAUAAAGAAUUUAAGUCUCCCUUGGACAGUAUGGGUUGUUCCAACAAAUGCAGUGUCCUUGCGGAAUCGAUGCAAGACAGUCACUUCAUGAUCGGUCGUAAUGAGGCAAUAUAUUGUUAUACGCCCGACGGUAGAGGUCCCUGCUACGCGGUAGAAGGUCAGAAAAUAAUGCUAGAGUGGUUUAGAAGCUACUUAGUAAUAAUAUCUAAAGAAUCUGCUAAUGUUCCAAGAAGGACCACCACCAUUUCUGCAAAACCAAGUACCAUAGAACCGAUACCUCAAGGCGCAGAUAAACAUAUGAUCACGUUACUAGAUAUACAAAACAAAUUCAUUGUUUUCUAUGCGCCGAUGCUCUCUGUGCAAGCAGUGUUAUCAGAAUGGGGCGGAUUUUUUAUACUCAGUGGUGAUAGCAAGCUGUAUCACUUGGAGGAAAAAGAUUUGCAGUCUAAAUUAGCCUUACUCUUUAAAAAGAAUUUAUACGAUGUAUCUAUAAGGAUAGCCAACAAUCAACAGUAUGAUGCAGAAAGUCUUGUGGACAUAUUCCGGCAAUACGGGGACCAUUUGUAUUCGAAAGGAGAUCAUAACGGUGCAAUAGAACAAUACAUAAAAACCAUUGGAAAAUUGGAGCCUUCCUAUGUAAUCAGAAAAUUCCUAGAUUCUCAGCACAUAGAUAAUUUGACAACUUAUUUGCAAGCUCUGCAUAAAAACGGUCAAGGGACGGAGGAUCAUACAACGCUACUAUUAAACUGUUACACGAAGCUGAAUCAAACGGAUAAACUGAAAGAAUUUAUUAUGACGAAAGAUAGGGAAGUCGAUUUCGAUGUAGAAGUUGCAAUAAAAGUCUGCCGUCAAGCGUCUCCGGAAGACGCUUUGCUCCUCGCCCGGAAGCAUGGCCAACACGAAUGGUAUCUUCGCAUUCAAAUAGAGGACAAACACGAGUACAAGAAGGCUUUGGAAUAUAUGGAAACUUUGGAAUUCGAAGAAGCAGAAUCUAACAUGAAGAAGUACGGCAAUGUUCUAAUGGAAAACGUUCCAAACGAAUCCACGCAAUUUCUGAAAUCCUUAUGCACCAAUUAUAGACCUUCCAACAAACCCCUCGUGGAUCAGGAAGCUUUAGAUGGCACCGUGGAACAGGAUAUUGAUAAAGCUAAUCCCGAGGAUUUCAUUCACCUAUUCCUCAACAAUUCUGAACGUCUUGUAGAAUUCCUAGAACACUUAGUGAAAACAAACACCAAAUGGAGUACUUUGGUGUACAACACGCUAGUAGAACACUACCUGCAUGUGUGGUCAGCUUUAGAGAAUGACGUGUCGAAAGUACAAUACGAGCAGAAGAUAGUAAGUCUUCUGCAGAGUUCAGAGGCCUGUUACGAUAAAGAUCAGAUUCUGAUCUUGUGCCAUCAAUACAAUUUUAGACGUGGACUGCUUUUUCUUUACGAAGAAAGUAAAUUAUACCAGGAAAUGCUGCGAUUUCAUUUGCGAGAGGGUGAUAGCGAGCAAGUGCUAGCAAUUUGCAAACGAUUCGGCCAUCAGGAUCCAAAUUUGUGGGUUCAAGCUCUGUGGAGCGUGGCCAGGAAUAAGGAAGCUCCGACGAAAUUGCUUGCAGACAUUUUAACUUAUAUCGCGCAAGAAAGACUUUUAUCGCCUCUAAUGGUCGUCGAUGCGAUUUCAACUUCGCUUUCCUGCACUUUGGGAGAUGUAAAGACUUAUUUGAAUAGUGUACUGCGAACAGAGCAAGAACAGACGCAAACAGACAUUGAGCUGACCGAGAAGUAUCGAAUGGACACCCAAAAGAUAAGAGAACAAAUAGAGUCGAUUAAAAAUAACACGAUCAUUUUUCAAGGAUCGCGUUGCAGUGCGUGUCAUCAUCAAUUAGAGUUACCUUCAGUACAUUUUAUGUGUCAACACUCGUAUCAUCAACACUGUUUCCAAAGUUUCUCGGAGAACGAGAAUGAGUGUCCAGCUUGUUUACCGAAAAAUAAAAAAUUAUUGGACAUCAUCAAAGCGCAGGAACAGUCCAAGGAUCUUCACGAGAUUUUUCACAGUUUGCUUGACCGGGCUGAGGAUCCGUUUUCGUUGGUUGCCGACUACUUUGGCCGUGGGGUGUUCAAAAAGUUGACGGUAAUCACUGACACGGAUAAAUUGUUGCCGACAACAGCUACUAAAUUCGAAGAACCAAAGCUGAAUUAUGGGCCAGGGGCAGAAGCGAGGAUCAGGUUGACGGAAGGAAAGAAUUCCACCCUGGGAAAAACGGAACCUCCACGUGAGAAUUUCCCAGUAGUGGAUGAUCGUUUACGAUCGUUUCCGAAGUCAGAGAUCUAUUCUUCAUCACUGGAAGCAAAUAUUUCUGGUACCGGAAGUGACGUAUCCACUCCCCGUGGAAAUUCGAGGAAAGCUUCGCCAGUGCCCAUAAAAUAUUUAACUAUAUUGAACAAUACUCCACCAAAGUCGUCGCCAGUGCAAAAAUCUUUCGUGCCGCCGAAAACACCCGUUUCGACUAACCCAUUUGAUACGGAAUACGACGAGUCAAAGAACCCGUUCGCGGGGGAUGAGGAUGAUGAUGAGGACAUCAACAACGACGACGACAAAGACUAUAACAAAAAUUUGAAUCCAUUCACUAGAUAAACUGCAUUUCUCUCCUUUGGUGACGAUUGGUCUCACGAGUUCUCAAUAUGUCAACGAUAUUUCGUAGACCAAGAACUGUUGGGGCUUGUAACAAAAGACACGACGAAUAUUAAUCACACUGUCUAACAGCUAUUUUGCAUUUUUAAGUCUAAUUUAAAUGAAAAAGUAAUAUUUUCAUUAUUUUUUGCUUCAAUGGUAAAACUUAUAUCGAAACCCUACAAAAGGAAUGAAAUCUUGUUGGACAGUGUUAUUAUACUCAAUAUAAAUUGAUUCGAUAGGUUCACUUUAAUUCCAUACAGUUUUUCCUCGACAGGAGAAAACUUUGUGUCAAUAGGCUGUGGAAGUCUCGAAUCCCAUCCUAGUUAUGACUAGAGUUAUUUCUCUCAAGGAUUGAACCCCCUAACUUUUUUGUCUGGAUAUAUUAUAUAUUUUAUAUUAUUUUUCAUCAGAUACAUCAUACGAUACCUGUAUCUUUUGGUGCUUCACGUGAUUUAUGAAACGUGUAUACUGUGUGUUGAUCGGUAAGAAAUUCAUAUAAAACAUUAAUUGUACAUUAAAUGAUUUAUUGUAUA